CAUUAAUUAGAGCAUUUAAAAUAGAUGUAAAGAGCAUUAAAAGAACAAAUACACAUCAUACAAACAAAUCAUGAACAAUAUAUAGUCGUUUAAGUGGACAAAUAUGAAACAAAAUCAUUAAAAUUAAUAUUACUCAAUAAUUUUUGACAAAAAUUCCUGAACAAGAAGGUAUCACAAUUAUGUUUGACAUCACAAAAUUAUCACUUUUCUGUUUUCUACUCGCCUUUCCCUCUUCAUGUAAUUUAUCAUUUGGAGUAACUCACUGGCAACUUAAUAAUGAAUUAAACAUAAUUCUUCCAUUGCUAACAUCUCCGUAUUACAUGAAAAAUUCGCAUGACUUAGUCGCGUUUCUUAAUCAAAGUGCUUACAAAAAAAAGCUAGAUGAUUUAAUGAAAGAGCUUGUAUCAAUAAAAGCUAAUUUGACAUCGAAAAUGAACUCAUUAGAUUUAUUCUCCAACGAACUUACCAAGAAAAUAUCAUGCAUUCCUCAAUACUUUAUUGACGAAAGUGAUCUAUACAAUCAAUUGACAAAGCAUUAUUUUCAUCGAAUCAACUAUAAACUUAAUAUUGACGCAUUGUCGUCUUCAGCGAAAAGUCAGCUUCCAAAAUGUAACGAAAUCUAUCCACUAGACUUUAAUGUCGGACUUUUUGAGCACUUAGAGGCAAUGAAGAAGAGAAAUAAACUCAAAAUGGAGCCUGAAGAAACUCUCGGAACCAAGGAUUUAUCAAGCAUAAUGGGGAUCUCAUCAUCAAAUUUUCCAUCUGCAAUUUAUACUCAACUAAAAAGCAAUUCAAAUUCCUGGAAAUUAUAUACUCUUGCAUCAUUUUAUUGGAGAUACAAAGGCAGUGCAAAAGAAGCAAUUGAAUGUGCUAGACGAGCUAUUUAUUUUGCACCUAGAAAAUACAAAGAUAUACCUCUACUGAGCUUAGGAACAAUUUUUCAGCGAUCAAAUUAUAUCAAUGAUUCUGUUGUUGUAAUAAAAGCAGCAAUUGAUCAUGCACCGUCGAUAGCUGAGAAUGUUUGGUCACUUGGGAAUUCUUUAAUGAUGCUGUCACAAUUUAAUCAAUCACUGGAAAAUUUUCAUAAAGUUGAGAAGCUCGACAGUGGUUAUGGACCGAAGGUUAACUUUAUUAAAAAGAGCAUCAACUGCUUUAGAGAUCUGAAAAUUACAUUAAUAACAAUGGAGAAUUCUCUUGAUGAGAUUCUUCCGGGACUUGAAAAGUACACUUCACUGAAACGAGAAUUCGAGGAAUAUCACGAUAAGCUAGAAAGAGAACAAGUUCCAUUAAAAAUUCGAUAUUAUGAAGGCUUCGAUCAGCAAAAAGCUAGUUUAAUUCAAAGAAGUCAAAUCUGCUCAACACGCAUUAAGGAUAACGAAGAACCCGUACUAUUUUGUGAUUUCUUAUCAGAUAUUCAGCUAGUAAUGCAGGACUUUGCACUUGAUAUCCUUAACAACUACGUUGAGUUGAAAAAGGAACUUAUUGCUACAUAUAAAAUCAACUCGCUUGGAGUUUAUAAGAAAAUUUUUGUUGAAAAUUACUCAGAACUUUGACUGAUCAUUACUAUUAAUAAUUACGAGAGAUUUGGAAUCUGAAAAACAAAAUAAUAUUAUACAUUAAAUUGAAUUAAGCUUAUUAAAUAUAAAAAUAUAUAUAUUUC